AUGAAUAGCGGGCUGUGUCAUUAUAUAUUAGUAGUGAUGUGGAACUGCAGUGAUAGGAACAUGAGGGGAAGAAAUUUGUUUAUUAGUAUAUUAUUUAUAGUUGUUUCAAUAAUAUUUAGUGCAAUAUCACAGUGUUCCUCAACUUUGUCAAACAAACGAUUAUGUUAUGAUCCUAAUUGUUCCGAGCCUGUUUCACUAGCCAAAACGAUAAUUAAAUAUAAUGCAAUUGAGCCGGGAUUAUUAUCGUUCGAUUACAAUGUAGAUGUCAAAGUUUACAGUAAGGAGGCAGGUGAAAGAAAAGACUUGUGGGGUGUAGAGAUAAAUGGUAAACAUGGAUAUGCACCAAAAACAUUUUUGAAGGAAUAUAAAAUUUUACACAGGAAGUUGGAGUAUGAAGUACCUACUAAUCCUUCACGUAGUAAUAAUGUUUCAUCUAAUGAAAAGACUAAGUCUAAGAAGGAUAAUAAUAAAUCAAUGUUCAGUACAAAAGAUAUUAAGGCCUCAAGUACACAGAUUGAUAAUUCAGAUUUAAAACCCACAGAAGAACAGUCACACAAUAUAACUGGUGUAACUUCAUUUCAUGAAGUUAUAGAUGGAACUACGUUACAUGGAAAUGUAAAUCAUGAUGUGAAAUCCUCUAUAAAAUCAACAGAAGUUAUUCAAGAAACAGUAAUGCCAAAUAUUAAAGAUGCAGUUGAUGAUUCAAAAGUUAGUUAUACUAAUGGUGAAACUGAAUCAAAUAUUUUUACAAAAGAUGACACAGUAUUGCAAAAAGUAUUGAAUGAUAAAGUAGAAAAUGAAAAACAAACUAUUUCCAAUAAAGCUGAUAUUAAAGAUUUUGUGACAAGCUCAGAACAAAUAUUAGAUUUACCAGAACUAAUUGGUAUACACAUGUUACCAUUGAAAACAAAUUCUGAAGAAACAAAACUAACAGCAGAGAAAGUAAAAAAUAACUUACCUAGUGAUGUAAAAGGUGACCAGUCUUUGGAAGGAGUUGUUGAUAGCAACGUACCACAAGAACCUAUACUUGAUGUAAAGCAUAUAGAAAAUGUUGAUAAAAUUGAUACAAAAACUUAUGCAGGUAGUGUCAUUGAACCUGAUGUUUCAAGUGUAAAAACUCCUGAUAAAAUUGAGACAAAAGGUACUGAAUCUUCAGAAAAUGUCACUACAGACACAAGUAGUGUUACUAAACCUGAUGUUCUAAGUGUAAAAAUUCCUGAAGGAAUUGAGACAAAAGGUACUGAAUCUUCAGAAAAUAUCACAACAGAUACAGAUAGUGUCAUUAAACCUGAUGUUCCAAGUGUAAAAACUCUUGAUAAAGUUGAAACAAAAGGUACUGAAUCUUUAGAAAAUGUCACAACAGAUACAAGUAGUGUCAUUAAACCUGAUGUUCCAAGUGUAAAAACUCUUGAUAAAGUUGAAACAAAAGGUACUGAAUCUUCAGAAAAUGUCACAACAGAUACAUAUAGUGUCAUCAAACCUGAUGUUCCAAGUGUGAAAGCUCCUGAAGGAAUUGAGAUAACAGGUACUGAAUCUUCAGAAAAUGUCACAACAGAUACAGGUGGUGUUAUUAAACCUGAUGUCCCAAGUGUAAAAACUCUUAAUAAAGUUGAAACAAAAGGUACUGAAUCUUUAGAAAAUGUCACAACAGAUACAAGUAGUGUCAUUAAACCUGAUGUUCCAAGUGUAAAAACUCUUGAUAAAGUUGAAACAAAAGGUACUGAAUCUUUAGAAAAUGUCACAACAGAUACAAGUAGUGUCAUUAAACCUGAUGUUCCAAGUGUAAAAACUCUUGAUAAAGUUGAAACAAAAGGUACUGAAUCUUUAGAAAAUGUCACAACAGAUACAAGUAGUGUCAUUAAACCUGAUGUUCCAAGUGUAAAAACUCUUGAUAAAGUUGAAACAAAAGGUACUGAAUCUUCAGAAAAUGUCACAACAGAUACAGGUGGUGUUAUUAAACCUGAUGUCCCAAGUGUAAAAACUCUUAAUAAAGUUGAAACAAAAGGUACUGAAUCUUCAGAAAAUGUCACAACAGAUACAUAUAGUGUCAUCAAACCUGAUGUUCCAAGCAUGAAAGCUCCUGAAGGAAUUGAGAUAACAGGUACUGAAUCUUCAGAGAAUGUCUCAACAGAUACAGGUAGUGUCAAUGAACUUGAUGUUAAAAGUGUAAAAGCUCCUGAAGGAAUAGAGACAAAUGAUACUCAAUAUUCAGAAAGUGUUGUAAGUUCAAGUAGUAGCACUAUACCAAAUGUAGAGAGUGCAGGAGAUACUCCAUUUUCAGAAAGUUCCACACAAUUAGAAGCAGAAAAAGAUGAAUUAAACAAAGAAGAAACCGAAAGUGCUGCAUAUUUAAAUAAACAUAAUUAUGAUGAAUAUGUUUCACCUUUAUUUUUACAAUUAAAUGUAACAGAUACAGUGCAAGUGACAUUACCCUCUGAUAAUGUUGUGGCAUCUGCCCAGAAUACAGAAGCUACUAGUGAAUUUGAUACAAAGAAUGUUCAGUCUGAUUCAAAUGUAAUGGACAUUGUAUCUGCCUCACAAGCAACAUUAGAUGGCCAACUUAAUUCAUACAUUGAGGGUAUUGAAUCUGUAGUUGAAGCAAAAUCAAAUGUUGAAUCUAAUUUACAUAUUGAGGACUCUGUACCUGUAACAGAAGUAACAUCAGAACAUGUUUUCCACCAAGUACAAGUUUCCUCACCUGAUUUUUGUACAGCUGAUAAUGUUGAAUGUUCUCUAGAAGACAAUAUUCCACAUCAUGAACAAUCUUCUCAGGACAGUGAAAACGCUUUAAUGCAGAGAAUUCAAUUAGAAGGAAAUUAUUGGUUGACACUAAUAUAUUUAAGUGUUACUGCCACUGCAACACUUAUAUUUUGCCUAGGGUACUAUUGCAUUGAGAAUAUGAGGAGGGAUAGACAUCUUAUAGCUAGAAUCAACAAACUUGAAAAAGAUUUACUUAUUUCAGAAGCAGAAUGUACAAUGGUGAAUGAAAACUUAAAAUCAACGAAAGAAAAGUUGAUCCGUAUGGAGGAUGAAUCAUUUGGUUCUGAUGAAAUGGUGCUUUCAUUAAGGGUUGAUUUAGAAGCCUCACAGAAUGCAAAAACUGAAUUGGAAGACCAAGUUGCCAUGCUAGAAAAAGAUCUAGAAAGCGCUACUGAAGCCGGAUUAGAACUAGAAAGAAUGUUGCGCGAAGUUCUUUCGACGAAUAAUGAAGUUAAUCCGUUAGCUCAAUCAGUAGAAGAUCUACAAACUAGAUUGAAUGCUCAACAAGCAGCAAAUGAAUCUUUAACGAAUGCUCUCAAUUUUAAAACUCAGGAGAACGAAUCCUUAUCAAUAGAGCUUGGAUCUGUAAAAAAGAAGUACGAGGAACUUGAAGUUGAACUUACUCGAAUUACGGAAAUGUUGAAACAAGAAGUAAACAAUAAGAAUAAUAUCGAGCAAACUUUGACUGAUAGGGUGCAGCAAUUAGAAAUGCAACUCAAGGAAAUUUCUACCGAAACAGCAAACUUACAGAAGGUGCUGAAAAGUAAAGAAGUAGAAGCCAAAGAUCUUGUAGAAGUUAUUAAUCGAUUGAAUUCGAAUAACUUGGACUUGGACAAGUUAUACGAUGUAUCUCACAUUAAAGCAGAGGCAACGGAAUUGCUCGAAGAACGAAACGAAUUAAAAAUAAAAUUAGCUGAGGUUGAAGGAGCUCACAAUUUAUUAGAAGAACACGUGAAGGUUAUUAAAGAGGAAAUAGCUACUUUGAGCGAACAAUGUAAAGCAGCAGAAAAGGAGAAGAAGGAUGCGGAAACACGACUGGAAGUGUUGACUAAUUUUUUCGAAGAAAAAGAGGCACAACGACAAAAGGAAGAAGCUAUUUGGUUGCAACAGCAGGGUGAAGUUGUAUCCACUGUAGAACGAAUACAAACGAUGCAAAACGAAAUACAAAAUUAUAAACAACAAAUAGAAAUGUUGAAGCGUGAAAUAUUAGAUCAAGAAAGAGAAUACAAAAAUCAAUUUUCUCUUCUUGAAACAAAGGCACACGAACAAUGGGUGAUAGCCCGCCAAGUUGAACGUCGUUUAGAGGAAUCAAAGGUUGAAGCAGGACAAUUACGCAACCGCCUUACGUUAAUAGAGAAAAGUAUUAACGAAGUAGACUCCGAAGCAAAAUUACAUCGACUGGAAGCAAACGGAGAGACGACAACAUCGGCUCCAUUAUUCAUAGGAGCAGAAUCAUCUAAUUCCCCUAUAAUGUUUUCUGGUUCUUCGAGUGUUCCUCCACCACCGCCACCUUCCUAUUUACACUCAUUGUUUCCUCCGUAUCUACCACCUCCAUUGCCAAACACGUCCGGAGUGCCACCAUAUGAAGUUAGUCAACGGCCACCACCAUUAGGUGGACGAUUAUCCUCGCCUCCACCUAUGCCUUUACAUCCUCCUACUUCCAACAGGUACGACAACGCAGGUUCCCCGCCCCCAAUGUCACCACGUUUACUUCCACCUUUUAAUCAUAGAUCACCACCUCCUCCUCCAUUUGGUAGCGAUAUUCAUCCACCUCCUCCUCCCCCUGGCUCGAUAUUACCACCACCCCUUGGAACGCCGCAUUCAUGGGGGGAAGAAUCACUGCCGCCUCCACGCAAUCCUGGUUUCCAUCCAACACAACGAGAACGAGUACGAAAUCACAAAGGUUCCUUGCAUUCUUCGGGAGAGUCAUUGAAUAAGUCACAUCAUAACAGCAAAGUUUGAGUCUUUUAUUUUGUUAUAAAGAAUAUAUAGUCAUG